CGGCAGCAAUGAGGGAUGAGUGGAGAAACUGCCUCAAAGAAACCAAAGACACGUCCUACAUAUGAAUUUCGACAGGUGCUCUGAGUGUUCGUCGUUAAAGGACGUCUGGACCUGACUGAGGACGGAGCGACGCUGCGGUCCCUGAAUCCACACACUCAGGCUUCCAGGCUCAGGCCUCCCUCGCCUCCACUCAGCCCAGUGCCCCGCUGACUCCAGCCCAGCUGACAUGGCUCCCACUCUGGCCACAGCCUUCUCCCGCCGCUGGUGGAUGGCGGUGACGGCGGUCAUCGAGAACCUGCUUUUCUCCGCGGUGCUGCUCGGCUGGGGAUCCCUGCUCAUCAUGCUCAAGUCCGAGGGCUUCUACUCGUACUUGUGCAGUGGCCCACGAAACACGUCCACGUCCAACGCCUCCAACGCGUCGGCCGGCGAGGAGUACCUGGAGAUGAACGGCUGGCCCAUCUGCAAUGACCAGGACGAGAUGCUGAACCUGGCCUUCACCGUGGGCUCCUUCCUGCUGUCGGCCAUCACGCUCCCCAUGGGCAUCGUGAUGGACAAGUACGGGCCGCGGAAGCUGAGGCUGCUGGGCAGCGCCUGCUUCGCCUUCUCCUGCCUCCUCAUCGCCUACGGAGCGAGCGAUCCCAACAACCUGUCAAUCUUGAUCUUCUUCGCCUUGGCGAUGAAUGGAUUUGGGGGAAUGUGCAUGACCUUCACCUCGCUGACGCUCCCCAACAUGUUUGGAGACCUGAGGUCGACCUUCAUCGCCCUCAUGAUCGGAUCCUACGCCUCCUCUGCCGUCACCUUCCCCGGCAUCAAGGUGAUCUAUGACCUGGGCGCUGCCUUCAUCUCCAUCCUGCUGGUUUGGGCCGGCUGUGCCUGCCUCGUCUUCUUCAACUGUUUCGUCAACUGGCCCCUGGAGCCCUUCCCCGGCCCAGAGGACAUGGAUUUCACGGUGAAGAUCAAGUUCAGCUGGCUGGGCUUCGACCACAAGAUCACCGGGAAGCAGUUUUACCAUCAGGUCAACAAAGUGGGACGCCGCCUCAGCGUGGGCAACUCCAUCAAACAGCAGCAGCAGCAGCCGUCCAAAGAUCUGGCAACGCAGGAGGCCAACAAGCUGUGCCUGUCCACCGUGGACCUGGAGGUGAAGAGCAAGGCCGGCGGCGAGACUCAGUCCUUCAUGAAGAGCAUCUUAAGCCCCAUCUUCCUGCUGAGCCUCAUCACUAUGUGCGUGACCCAGCUGCGCCUCAUCUUCUACAUGGGGGCCAUGAACACCAUCCUGGAGUCUUUGACCGGUGGAAACCUCAGCACAGUUGAAAAGAUGGAAGUAGUGAGCGUCUACACCUCCAUCUUUGGCGUGCUGCAGCUCCUGUGUCUCAUCACUUCCCCUGUAAUUGGCUACGUCAUGGACUGGAGGCUCAAGGACUGCGAGGACGAUAGUGACAAGACGGCCAAGAGGGAGCCCGGUCAGCCCCGUCGCCCCGACAAGCAGAUCCAGAAAAUCCUCAACGCCACCAGAGCUUUCAUCUUCACCAACCUGCUGCUGGUCGGCUUCGGAGUCACGUGCCUCAUCCCCAACCUGCCCCUCCAGAUUCUGUCCUUCAUCCUGCACACUAUUGUCAGAGGCUUCAUCCACUCAGCCGUCGGAGGCCUCUACGCUGCUGUGUAUCCGUCCUCUCAGUUCGGCAGCCUGACGGGCAUGCAGUCCCUGAUCAGCGCUCUGUUCGCCCUGCUGCAGCAGCCUCUCUUCAUGGCCAUGGUGGGACCCCUGGACAAAGACCCCCUCUGGGUGAACGUGGGCCUGUUGGUGCUGAGCAUGCUGGGCUUCUGCCUGCCGCUCUACCUGCUCUGCCACAGCCGUCACCUCCAGCGCCUCAGGGACGAGCGCGACGACGACCCCAAGAUCUACGCCAAGAUCAACAACGGCAGCGCGCCCGAGGCUUUCGUCUAGAGGACGAGUCCUUAUGAACUGGGGACGGGCUGAAAACAGGAGGAAGGACCUGGCCACAUCUGUCCUCCACGCACACACACACACACGCACACACACACACAGAAUCAAACAUGAGUGCACAUCACUGUGAGUUCACACAGAGUUCACCCUCCCUCUGUUAUUGAGAAUGUACUGUGAGAAACAUGAACACGUCUCCACUUACUGAUUAGCCUCCGUCUGUCAUACCUACGAACCACAGAAGAAGAAGAUACCACUGAAUGGAAAGCCACAGCGCGGAGGAUUUACAGGAGACACCUGCUCAGUGACAUCAUUGUGCUUUUAAGCCACCUCCCAAAAAGAAAAACCCCACUGGUGCAAUGUGAACAUAGACUCCAGCAUCUACGACGACCUCUACUCUGUGUAUUUAAUGGUUCAGUUUGUGGGUACUUGAGCAUCCUGGUGCCACAGCGGCACAUUCGGUCAUGACAUUUCUGCUUCCUCUUGUGCUCGAGGGCAUUAACUGAACACACACUCACAAGCAGCAGUAUUGGUAGCAGAUGGAGACGCGUGUGGGGACGUGAACACACAGCGGUCUCGGCCUCCGCAUGCGCUGCUGCAUGAUGCAGCAUGAUCCACAGUGCUGGUCCCGUAUUAUCACCUCACUCAACCUGCCAUGUCGGUUUGUUAUUUUCUAUCAAGUCAUGGAUUCCUUAUAUGUGUUUCGAACAUGUUAUUGUUUCUUGUUUUGCUCAAAUGUAUGUACUUUUGCAAUAUGAUUGUUGUCUAUAGACGAACUGAAGAUGUGGAGGAGGAAAACGUUUGAAUAGUGAGAGCGGCGCAGAGGUGGAGCCCUGCGUCCAUCACACACGUCUGGAGUCGUGCACUAUUGUAGCAAUAAGUGCUGAUGUCUACGCUGUCACAAAGAGCCAAGCGUGUAGUUUUUAUGGGCUGUAAAGCUAAAUCACAAAAGCUGCUAGUUUUUGCAGCAGCUGAUGUCAUUUUACCACAAAAGUCAACAAGUCACCUCCAAAAUCUACUUCAACUGUCUCCAAAGAACCAACCUCGUUGCCAUUUCUGAUGAAUCGAGUCCUUUUAGUUUCUCAUUAGUUUGUGGUAACUCUGCGCUGCUGCCUCUGGAGUGUCUUUUACAGCAGAUGUGAGAGGAGGUUGUUUUAAAGACAGCUGAUAGGCUGAUAGAGGGCCGGCCUUUAUGUUUGAACGAAAGCACGGACAGGUAGAGGAUGACACGGGACGGAAGAAUGUGCGGAUGAUCCGUCCUGCGGCCUUUGAACGCCACGCGGUGAAUCAGUCGUGACCCUCAGAGCACCUCUACAUGUGCAGAGCUGAUGUUGGGUCAAAGCCCCAUGUGCUGCACCCAGACCCCUCUGCCUCCACCCCCCCACGGCUCCCUCCACCCAUCCACCCCUCCAUCCCAACGUCCUGAAACGUUUACUGACAGAACCGAGAGACAGGCCGCCGCCGCCGCCGCCGCAUGCCCCCCGACGAAUGAAUUACUGGUUGAGAAACGAAUGGCACGCGAUGCACUUUACCGACCCUUCUAAACUGGACCUCUGAUGUGCUGAGACACGCUGAGGAGGUCUCCUCAGAGCCUGAUGGUGAGAAGAUGCUUUUAUUUUUUAUACCGGACUAAACAAAGUAUGGCUUCACGUGGAACGACGCCUUUACGCGCAUGGACGUCGUGGCCGAGUCCUGUCUCUCGGUUCUGGAACUCACCCGAUCAGUACUGUUGUCAUCUUCAUCCUUACUCAGCUGCAUGUUAUCUGUAAACCACAGAGAGUGACAUUUAUUACAGUUAUUAGUUAGCUGAGUUUUAGUUAGAUGACAAAUGUGAGAGACCCUUUGUUAAACAGUAUGUGUAUGUGAGCUUGUGUAAUUAAAGAGUUUCCAUAUAAACCUAAAUCUACAUUUCUACUAUUCUACGACUCUCGAGUUGGAUGUUGUCUAAUGUUCAAACAAUGCCAGCACUAUAGGUAUUUAAAUAAAAACCUGCAAUCUUUGACCAAAACCUUCUAUUUUCAGUGGACACGCUGCAGGAAUACAUGAUACUCUGUGUUUUUAUUUUCUUGGCUGCUUCAGCUUUUCUUUGUUCAAGGACACGACUCAAUCCAUCCAGCUCACUCUGGCGUGAGGUCAGCGUUUAUUUGUGCAUUGCAGAUAACACUGAUCACCAUCAUCAUCAUAAAUUAGGGCAAAAUCAUAUACAUAUGAUUUAAAAUAAUUCACAAAUAAAAGCUAGGGUAAGUACAACUGUAACUACGAGCGCAUCCAAGGCUGGAGAUCGCAGGCAGAGACGGAUACACAAAUGUGGUGAUGAUGACGCGUUAACUUCCCUUAUUCACACUGUGGCUUAACUUUAACAGUGUUUGUCUUGAUCAGGUUCUGUAAACUCUACAUGGUAAUAAUCAGGCACUGGUGAAUAAGUGAGUUAUCAGGUUUAACGGUUUAACAUCCGUCACUGCUGUACCUCAAAAGACUCAGGCUGUGAUCCCUCACGCUGUCACUCUGAACUAUUGUGUCACCAUUUGAUGUUUUUAUGAUGUUUGAUGAAAGAAAAUGAGCAGAGCUGAAAUCCAGACGGCUGCACGUACCUCUUGUGUUUUUCUUGAGGUUUACUGUUUAUCUGACUUUUACUUUUGUAUUUUUUAACACCUACUAUUAUAUUUUUGCUUUCCUUUAGUCUCGUAGCACAAUUCAGUCAGUCAUUUUGAGUCAUGUUGUGUGAACCAAAAGAAAAAACUACAAUGAAAAUUACAGGAAGCUAAUAAACACAGUCAUUUGUA